GCUCCUGAAGUGAUUUCCGCUCCUUUUUCUGCGCGGCGUUUCAGUCUGUCUGUGGUGGGUUGUUGUCGAGUCGCGGCGAGGCCGGCGCACCGCAGCCAUGACGGAGGCUGAUGUGAAUCCGAAGGCCUAUCCUCUCGCAGAUGCCCACCUCACCAAGAAGCUGCUGGACCUUGUUCAGCAGUCAUGUAACUACAAGCAGCUUCGGAAAGGAGCCAAUGAAGCCACCAAAACCCUCAACAGAGGCAUCUCUGAGUUCAUUGUGAUGGCAGCAGACGCUGAGCCCUUGGAGAUCAUCCUGCACCUCCCUCUGCUGUGUGAAGACAAGAAUGUCCCCUACGUAUUUGUGCGCUCCAAGCAGGCUUUAGGACGGGCCUGUGGAGUCUCCAGGCCGGUCAUCGCCUGUUCUGUUACCAUCAAAGAAGGCUCUCAACUAAAGCAGCAGAUCCAGUCCAUUCAGCAGUCUAUUGAAAGGCUCUUGGUGUAGGCUGUGGCCUCUGCCCUUUCCUGUCUACUCCCACCCUGUUCGUGUAUCAUAUUGUCUGUUAGCAUGUACUAUUUUCAGCCAGUUUCUAGUAUAUUGUACUACAUCUGAUUUUUGUAUCUUUAUUUUUGUCUUAACAGGGUUGUUUUUCACCAUCUCCUCAUUCUUUUCUACCAUUUUUUUAGUCUUCCUUUAAAAAAAAAAGAAAUGAAAUGAAAUGAUAGCCAAGACAGGUGAAAGGCAGAAUGUCACCAGGAAGAACCAGGAGAAACUUAAGCCAGGGACAGUGUAUGCUUUCAUCUGCAAACUAAAUUCCACUGGGCAGGGUAGGAUGACAGUAAUACUGGUCCCUUGUGCCUUUGAAUAAGAUCUCCAUAAAUGUUACUGUCACUGAGGAACUUUCUUUGGGUAGCAGUCCCUCCCACCCCUUAUCAUUUGAAGAAAUUUGAUGUCAGACCUAUGUCCAGGUGCCAUUUAUUAAUGUCCUGUGUGGUUUUGAUGUAUGUAAUCUUAUAUUCUCCCCUGAGGCAGUAACAGCUCAAAGGAAUUCUGUGGAAAUUGUGGCUAUUUGGCUGGAGCUUGCAGCUGAGACAGUGCUAGCAGAAGCAUCCCCUCCUUGGUAAAUGGGGAUUUCUUGUGGAGCCGCUUGACAGCCGUGUUGGGAGCCCAUAUCCUGUUCCUCCCACAGCAUGAGUCAGGUGUAUUCUCCCUCACAUGAAGAAAGUGAUAGCGUUCAGUAUUGAACAUCCUAAUAAAUAUGUUCAUAUUUCGCUUUAAAUGAAA